CUUACACUGCACAUGCGCAUAUUUUGGUCAUUUUGAGCACAGCGGCAACAACAUGGCAGACGUGACAGAGGUGGACGGAGAUAAACUCAGCAAAAAGUCUGUCUGCUGACUGUGGUAGCUCAGCAUGCUGUGUCUGGUCAGGGCUACCAGGCAGCAGCUGUGCCGAGCCUUUGGGGUGAGGGGACAGUGGUUAAAAUGUGCCCCCCCAUGUACAGCUGCAGUCCCAGCUCAAAUUUACGGGAACCGCUGGAGAGGUGACAAAAGUGAGCAGAAGAGGCGUAUGAAGGCUGAUAAGAAGGCGGCAGAAAAAGAUGCCAAGAUCAAAGAGCAGAUUGAACAAAGGAAAGAAUCCAACGACGGGGGAGCAGAGAAUGCCUGCAUGUUGGACGAGGAGACUCUUGACCCAAAUCAAUACUUCAAGAUCCGCUCCCAGGCCAUCCAGGAGCUGAAGGGCACAGCGGAGGACCCGUACCCUCACAAGUAUCUUGUAGAUCUGUCACUCACAGAGUUCAUUGAGAAAUACAAUAAUCUACAGCCAGGAGACCAACUCACUGAUGUUGUUCUCAAUGUCUCGGGCCGUGUUCAUGCCAAGAGGGUGUCUGGUGCCAAGCUGCUGUUCUACGACCUGCGAGGUGAAGGCGUCAAGUUGCAAGUUAUGGCGAACUCAAGGAGCUAUAAGUCUGAGGAGGCUUUUGUGGCCAUUAACAACAAACUGCGGCGUGGGGAUAUCAUAGGCGUCCGUGGUAACCCAGGGAAGACCAAGAAGGGAGAGCUGAGCAUCAUUCCCAGUGAGAUGACUCUUCUGUCCCCGUGUUUGCACAUGCUGCCACACCUCCACUUUGGCCUCAAGGACAAGGAAACUCGAUUCCGCCAGCGCUACCUGGAUCUGAUUCUCAAUGACUACGUCAGGCAGAAGUUUAUCACUCGCUCCAAAAUCAUCACAUACCUGCGCAACUUCCUGGACCAGCUGGGAUUUUUGGAGAUUGAGACUCCAAUGAUGAACAUAAUCCCUGGGGGUGCUGUGGCUCGUCCUUUUGUGACUUACCACAAUGAGCUGGAUAUGAACCUGUACAUGAGGAUCGCACCUGAACUUUAUCACAAGAUGCUUGUGGUUGGAGGAAUGGACCGAGUGUAUGAGAUCGGUCGUCAGUUCAGGAAUGAAGGCAUCGAUCUUACUCAUAAUCCAGAGUUCACCACCUGUGAAUUCUACAUGGCGUAUGCAGAUUACCACGACCUGAUGGAAAUCACAGAGAAACUCCUCUCAGGAAUGGUGAAGCAAAUCACUGGAGGAUACAAGGUGACCUAUCACCCUGAUGGUCCGGAGGGGCAAGCCUACGAGAUCGACUUCACUCCACCAUUCAAAAGAGUGAGCAUGACGCACGACCUGGAGAAGAUUAUGGGAGUCAAAUUCCCUCCCUCUGACAGCUAUGACUCCAGUGAGACACGCAAGUUCUUUGACGAACUGUGUGCAAAGAAAGGAGUUGAAUGUCCUCCACCCAGAACAACUGCCCGUCUCCUUGACAAGUUGGUUGGAGAUUACCUUGAGGUCACCUGCAUCAACCCCACAUUCAUCUGUGAUCACCCUCAAAUCAUGAGUCCUUUGGCAAAAUGGCACAGAUCGGAGAAAGGCCUAACGGAGCGCUUUGAGCUCUUUGUGAUGAAGAAGGAAAUCUGCAAUGCCUACACCGAGUUGAACGAUCCCAUCAGACAGAGGGAGCUUUUCGAGCAGCAAGCCAAUGCCAAAGCUGAGGGUGACGAUGAAGCCAUGUUCAUUGAUGAGACCUUCUGCACUGCACUGGAGUAUGGACUCCCACCGACCGCCGGCUGGGGGAUGGGCAUCGAUCGUCUCACCAUGUUCCUCACCGACUCGAACAACAUCAAGGAGGUGCUGCUGUUCCCUGCCAUGAAGCCUGAUGACAAUAAAACCACAGCGCCUACAGAUGGCACUUCUGUCUGAUGAAAUGACCUCUGACCUCUCCUGCUAUCAAACCUGUGCAGGAGUCUGUAGGAGUAUGAGCCUUUAUCUCACCGUGGUCAUCAGUGUAGUCUGCGGGGUUUGAGUGUGAUCAUUGUCGGUCUGUCUGUUUGAUUUUUUUUUUCUGUUGUUAAGGGAAAUCAUCUGGUCUUCGUUGACUGGUAAACAAAAACAAAUAUUUUCUUUUCUUUUGUAUUUCUUACACUUUUGCUGACAUAUUUGCUUGUUUGUAAGGAGACAUUUAAAACUUGUAGUCAUCCAAACAUUCAGUGGGUGACAUUCGAUCAGGAAGUCGUGUGUGAUUUAUCUGUUGUUUGCAGACCUGGAUGAAAUGCUUUUAAGAUACUUCAAGAGGUGCUUGAUGCUGGCUACCAAAUACAGAGUAGAUACACCAUACUGACAGAGCUCAAGGGCCUCUCACAUUUGAAGUAUUCUUGAAAUCAUGUCUGUUUUAUACCAGGUCUGCCUGUACCUUUUUGUCUGACAUUUUUAAGAGGGUCUCCACAAAGUAAGAGUAUUUCUCUGCCAAGAAGUUUAAACAUGAAAAUGUCUAAAUAAAGUAAACAUGAAUCUUCA